CCCUCUCUGCUUUUCUAAUCAGAAUUUUCUAUCUUGUUUUCACCGCAACCCCCCCAACCCAAAAGAAAAAUCCCCAAAUUUCUACGGAUCAGUCAGGUGUGUUAUAUUUCUGAAUCAUUUAUUCUACCCAAAUUUGCUUCUCAUUUCUUUGGCUAAUCUCGAUCUCGGGAAUCAUCAGCUAUUAGUUUCUUUAAGACCCGUUCAUGCCAUGAACAAUUGCUGGUUUGCAGGAGUCAACUGUUGAUGUUCAUUUUGCAAUCAGAAAAUGUUAUCCGAAGAAGUGUUGAAGGUUGUUUUUCCUUUAUUAGAUGGCGUAGACCUUGCGGUUUGCAUGGUGGUCUGUAAGCAAUGGAGACACAUGGCUCAAGAUGAUUACUUUUGGAAAUGUGUAUGUGCGAAACGAUGGCCUUCCAUUUGCAAGCGACCAAACUCUCAUACCGUGACCUACUACAGAAUUUAUCGAACCUUCUAUAAACGGCAGCGUCCACAACCUCUUCUUCCUCCGAGACUUUCCUUUGAUGAUUUAGAGUUCUUCAUUGAUAUCUGGAACGAAGAUGAAUUGGUCUUCUCCGAAGUUGUCCCUGGCCCUGUCCUGCAGACCGGAAUCAAGUUCCUGCCGACUGGAAUCUGUAACACACUUAAGUUUCACCUUGAGAGUCCUGAGUACAAGAUGACCUUACCAGUUGACCCGAGGUUCAAUAUUCCUUGGGGCGACACUGUGAGCAUUUCAGUGCUUGUGGAGCGGAAGGACUCCAAUAAGGUUGCCUGCAUAAUUAAUAAAUCCCUGUUUGAUUAUAUCGAUCGCAGUGCUUCAAGGGCUCUAGCUUUUGAGUACCUCAACUUCUCUCCCAACUACCCUUUCAUUUCGGGAAUCCGAGCAUGGAUCUCUUUGCUAUUUUUGGAAGAUGGAGACGACGGUAUCAUUGAUGUUUUCGGGAUUGAAAUGGAUUUUCGCAAUACUGCCAGUUCCAAAGAUGAGGUAUUGUGGCUUUUGGACAUGCUAGACUGGAAAUGAAUGGCAGAAGCGUCGAAGCUGGGUUCGGGAUGGAACAUGAACCAGAUUCAGUGUUCACCGUGCUUGUGCUUUUUGACGGGAUGUUCUUUACUGGAAAUAGUUCAAUUGACAUAAUUUUAUGUCAUGCCCAUAAGUUUGUAUAUAGUUUGUCUGUUGUUUCAUUGUAAUCAAUAAAUAUGAACGGUUCGUAUUUAUUUUAACUUUUCACAUAUUCUAUGGCUACCACACUGCUCAUUUGAAUCACAA